AUGGAUACGGAUUGGUAUUCUGGUCUUGUUGCCAGUUACAAUUCUGAAACCUCCAGGCACCAUUUGAGCAAGUAUAGUUUACGGUCGGGUACUCACCUCAGUGGACAUGCUAUGUGGGCUUCAAUCAUUUUGGGUGAAUCUCUUGUUGGUAAACUCAAAGGUCUAAAUAGAAUUUCAAGAGGAAAAUCAGUACCAGUUCAAUUUUUUGGUACACAUGAUUUUUCUAGGUUUACAAGAAAACAAGUUAUUUCAUUUCUCCAAGGGCUUCUUUCUUCCUGUCACCUGAAGUACAAGAAACCAAAUUUUGUUCGAGCAUUGGAGGAAGAAAAAAUGUAUCUUAGUGAACAGAAGCUUCAGAAAAGAAUGUUGCGACUGCAAGAUGGUGUUGCAGGUGAUGAUCAUGAUUACGAAAAUGGAGGGGACGAAGAAUCAGUUGGAGAAGAGUGUGGGCAAUAA